AUGAGGAGCUCCAACAACUAUCACUACUACACUCAACCAGUCGAUGCCCAGACUCUAGCUGAAGCAGCGAAACAUGUGAGAGCUCGUCAGGAAAGGGAAAGGCGUGAAAGUCAUGAAAUUCAAGAAGACAGCGAGAAGAGACGUGACCUAAAUGCAACUCGAAUUCUGGAGGCGAAAUGCAGGAAUAUCGUCUUUGAGGUCAGAGGAAUCAGAAGAGUACUUACAUAUUAUUCGCAGCGCUCCACUUUUUUCUUCUUCUUUCUGUUUGCUCUCGUUUUCUCUUGUUAG